GACCCCUUCUUUCAGUCAGGCUCUAUGACAACUUCCUCUACUCCGCACAACCGCCUUUCUUUUAUUGUUGCCCUAAACUUGCUAUCGUUACAGUUGGGUUGCUAUACCUUCAAGUGCGCGAGCAGCAUCCGUUUGGAGGUGACAGGACUUGAGUAUAACCUAUAACCAGGCGAUGGCAUUUUCCAAACCUAUGUGGCAAUGUAUCACUUGUGAGAAAAUAACGCGAUGAUGGCAUGGCGUUGCUGUAACGUUACUUAAGGCGCUUUCUGUCUACUCCCCGAACCGCGUGCAAUGGAGUCUGUCGACAUGGAGUUCGCCUGGGAGUUACAUUAGACUUCACUGCUUUUACUCGUGCCAAUGCUGCGGUGUAUCAUCGAUGAGGAUUUGUUAACUGCGGGGACAACGAAGACGAGCACGCCGACAUCAUGUCUGAUCGGAAUUACUGGACGGUGUGUCCGAGUUAUAAAAGUCAGUUCGUUUCAGGAGGUUUAGUCAAACGACCCAAGAGUAAUCGGAGCAAGAGGAAGAGUUUGGCUCCCUCACCUACUCUAUCAAGACCACUCUCACCCCUUCCUUUGCCAUCUGGCAGCAGUCCACAGGACAGUCCCAGAAAUGUCUCCAGCAGUGCUUCGGUCAAUUUUCCGUUCAUGCGGAGACCAGACACGCGAAGGUGGUCUGUAGCAUCUGUCUCCUCUGGAUAUGGAACCAAUCCAACCAGUUCUGCUGUUUCAUCUUCCUCUUCCUCACAGGAGCUCCUGCACCAGCUGCCCUCCCAGCCCACCCCAGAUGACCUCCAUCGCCUCUUCAAGCAUUUCAGGAGCUCAGAGAGUGUGGCAGAUGAGGAUGGACAGCCCUCGCCUUUCCGUCCUCGCUCACGGAGUCUUAGCCCUGGGCGAACAUGUGGCUCUUUUGAUAACGAGAUUGUUAUGAUGAAUCAUGUCUACAAAGAACGGUUUCCAAAGGCUACAGCUCAGAUGGAGGGGCGUUUGCUGGCAGUGAUUGCAGACUACUCCCCAGACAGCGCUCCUCCUCUUGCUGAUGGAGUGCUGGGCUUCAUUCAGCACCAGCUGGUCGAGCUCGUCCGAGACUGUCUGGAGAAGUCCAGAAAGGGGCUCAUCACAUCUUGCUACUUUGUGGAACUUCAGGAAAAAUUAGAAAGUUUCCUACAUGAGGCAUAUGAGCGCUCUGAGAGUGAGGAAGUGACUGUUAUUGCUAAACUCGUGAAGAAGAUUCUCAUCAUUAUUUCCAGACCAGCAAGACUACUGGAAUGUCUGGAGUUUGACCCUGAAGAGUUUUAUCAGCGUCUAGAAGUUGCAGAAGACCAUGCAAAAGUUGACCAGGGCAUCAAGACUGACAUCCCUCGAUACAUCAUCAGCCAACUGGGUCUCACUCGAGACCCCCUGGAGGACAUGGUGCAGUUUGAGCACAACAACUCAGGCAGCCCAAGCAGAGAACUGGAUGACACUGCAGAGAAUCGUCCUGGAAACACAACACCUCGAAGAAAACCUCUGGAAAGAGAUUUUGAGACUAUAAAGCUCAUCAGCAAUGGGGCUUAUGGGGCCGUGUACCUAGUAAGGCAUCGUGGGACACGGCAGCGGUUUGCUAUGAAGAAGAUAAACCGGCAGAACUUGAUCCUGAGGAACCAGAUCCAGCAGGUGUUUGUGGAACGAGACAUCCUGACGUUUGCAGAGAACCCUUUUGUGGUCAGCAUGUUCUGCUCCUUUGAGACACGACGGCACCUUUGCAUGGUCAUGGAGUAUGUGGAGGGUGGAGACUGUGCAAAUUUGCUGAAGAAUAUGGGUCCCUUGCCGGUGGACAUGGCUAGAAUGUACUUUGCAGAGACGGUUCUGGCACUAGAGUAUCUUCAUAAUUAUGGCAUUGUGCACAGGGAUCUCAAACCUGACAACUUGCUCAUUACAUCAAUGGGGCACAUUAAACUGACUGACUUCGGUUUGUCUAAAAUCGGUUUAAUGAAUAUGACCACAAACCUGUAUGAAGAACACAUGGAGAAAGAUACACGAGAGUUCAUUGAUAAACAGGUCUGUGGCACUCCAGAGUACAUUGCACCAGAGGUGAUCCUGAGGCAAGGUUAUGGGAAACCUGUGGAUUGGUGGGCCAUGGGGAUUAUCCUGUAUGAGUUCCUGGUGGGCUGUGUGCCUUUCUUUGGAGACACACCAGAAGAGCUCUUUGGCCAGGUGGUCAGUGACGAAAUUGAGUGGCCAGAGGGUGAUGAUGCAUUACCUCUUGAGUCGCAAGACCUCAUCACAAAACUGCUGAGACAAUGUCCCAUAGAGCGCUUGGGAGCUGGAGGUACAGCAGAGGUCAAACAUCACAUCUUCUUCCGUGGUCUGGACUGGAGUGGACUGUUAAGGCAGAAAGCAGAGUUCAUUCCACAGCUUGAAACUGAAGAAGACACAAGCUUCUUUGACACACGUUCUGACCGUUACCACCACUCUGAGGAGGACGAUGAGACAAACGAUGAUGAGUCUUAUCAGGAGAUCAAGUUCUCUUCCUGCUCGCAUCGCUUCAGCCAGGUGUACAGUAGCUCCGAGCAGCUGGCUUCUCCCUCCAACUUGAGCCUGUCCUCCUCUGAGCGGAGCUGCAGCGAGGAGAAGGAGGACAGGUGGGAUAGUCAUUCAAUGCUUUCUCCAGUGGAAACCCCCAGAACGCUUCCAUUUAGCGACAGGAAGCAGGAUUCCCACAGGAGCAGUCCCAGGCCAAGAGCAUCAUCUAGUUCAUCUCAGCCUGAGAGGGGAAGCCUUGAGGCCAUGCCACGCUUUGCUUUUCCUGAGGAUGAGGAAGGUCUUGUCUCAAAUCUCCGGCGAAUUCGUCUGCGCAGCAACUCCACUGGAACAAGACCUACUAAUCGUAGGGACCACAAGGGUCCGCACCGCCUCGGGCUUCAGCAGGAGACCCCAGAGAAGCCACGCUCAUCAUUUACAUGCAAAGUCCCCAAGUCUGCAUCCGUGUCUGGCCUUUCCCUCAUUGUCACAGCAGAUGACAUCCCGGGUGGGCUCCAGACAAGCCCCAUGUCUUCACACUCCCUCUCAUCCAACCCUUCAUCUCGGGACUCUUCCCCAAACCGAGACCUCUCUCUCAGCACAAGCAUUCUUUGUCCUCCUGUGGUCAUCCACAGCUCUGGGAGGAAGUAUGGCUUUGCGCUCCGUGCCAUUCGGGUCUACAUGGGUGACACUGAUGUCUACACGGUGCACCACAUGGUCUGGAGCGUUGAAGACGGCAGUCCUGCUCACGAGGCUGGGCUGAGGGCUGGGGACCUCAUCACUCAUGUGAAUGGAGAGUGUAUCCAGGGUCUGGUGCACACGGAUGUGGUGGAGCUUCUGCUGAAGAGUGGCAGUAAAGUGACUCUGCAGACGACUCCUCUUGAGAAUACGUCCAUUAAAAUCGGGCCUGCGAGAAAGACCAGCUCGAAGGGGAAGAUGGCACGACGCAGCAAGAAGAGCAAAAGGAAAGAGGGUCAAGACAGCAAACGGCGAAACCUUUUGAAGAAGCUGCCCAAACACAGUCCAGGGAUUCAGAACAGUCGCAGUUUCUCAGCGGGUUUUCAGCACUCACCUAAUGACAGCCUGUCGGACUCUCCAACGCCGAGUCUAUCUCCUGGGCCCAACACCCCGUGCAGAAGCCCAGCUCCAGACCUGUCAUGUGAUUCAAACUCUCCACAGAGUUCCUCACCCUGCUCAAGCUCUCCGAAUUCACCCAUUCCUCAGAGUCGACCAAGUUCUCUUCAUGUUUUGGGAUCCAAGAUUGGCCUCCGCUAUAGCAAACCAGGCCGCUGCAAGUCCGCCAACAGUAUCCCCCCCUCUCCCCUCGCCUGCAAUCCCUCCUCACAGCCUCUGUCUCCACAGUGUUCUCCAUCUUCCCUCACUGGAGUUCCUAAAAGCCACCACUCGUUUCAUAAUAAGAUGAUGUCCCCGCCGACCAUCGUGAGACAGACAGUGUGUCCCCGCAGCGCAGAAUCACCCCGUUCACCACUGCUUAACAGGGUUCAGUCAUCUGAGAGGCCCUCCUGUGCCCAGCAUGGAGACAAAAAGCCUUUCUCCACUCGAAGACACACUGUGGAAGUUCCCCAGAGUGAAGCUGAGGGACUCGAGUUACAACCUAGUGACAUUGCCUCAGGUUUUGUGUGUGUCGGUGACCAUGCUAGACAAGGGCUGUACCUGGCUGGCCAACGAGUGAGGGACUCCGGCGGUGCGGUGAUGAGGAAGCUAAACUUGUCUGAGAGACGAGAUUCAUUUAAAAAGCAGGAAGCUGUUCAGGAAGUCAGCUUUGAUUACUCCGAUGACAAGGAGGCCUCAACAUCUACACCUGUGCCAUCUCAUCCAUGUUUCAGAGCGGCAUGGAUCAGCGCAACACAGCCGGAAGGAGGCUCCCAAACUUCAGCGAGGAAGACCGAUGAGCUUGGAUCCAAGCUAAAAGAACAGAAGAAAGCAGAGGAUAAGUGUUAGCCUUAGAAAAGCCCAGAAAACUGUGAGACUCAGAUGUACGGGUGCUUCCAUUAUCAUUUAAAUCAUAAUCAGAGAAAGUACAGGGGUAGAAAGUCUUUGUUUAGUGUCAUGUAUUUGUAAGUUAGAAGUCAUUCACCUGCCAAACUGUCUUUUAAAGGGAUGCAAAUUCUGCCAUCAUUUUUUCAGCCUCA